AUGCAUCAAGGACACACCAAGGUUGUACGCUCGGUAUCAUUCUCACCGGACGGUGCUCAAGCGGUGUCCAGUUCAGAUGAUAGGAGUAUAUGCCUGUGGGAUGCAGUUUCUGGAGCACUGAUUCGCCAAAUACCAUACGCACACGAGGAUGAUAUUUUCUCAGUUAGAUUCUCUCCCGAUGGUGCCAAAAUUGCAUCAGCUUCUGCCGAUAAGAGUAUACGCAUUUGGAACCCCCAUAACGGGGAGAUUAUCGGAGACCCGCUCACAGGCCAUGCCGAUGCGGUUACCGACAUUGCAUUUUCACCCGGCGGAAGUCAGCUCGUCUCCGGCUCCGAUGAUUGGACUAUGCGUGUAUGGGAAUUACAUGCAGAUGAGAUAUCAAGUGUUUCUUGGAUCGGCCACAAAGACUCGAUUGUUUCAGUCUCGUUUUCGCCAGAUGGGGUGCGAGUCGUAUCUGGUAGCAACGAUCAGAAUGUCGGUCUAUGGGAUGUGCAGAAGCAAGCUUUGAUUUGGAUGGGAUCGAAACACACUAGCGGAGUCAAUGCUGUACAAUUUUCUCCCGACGGGAACCUCAUUGCAUCGGGCGCAGAUGAUGGUACGAUAUUAUUGUGGGACGUAUCCACCGGCACGGUAAUUGGUGAAGCACUCUCUGGGCACACCAAGUCAAUUAUUUCGUUAUCAUUUUCCCCUGAUGGUAAAUACAUUGCCUCUGGGUCGCUCGACCAUACGAUAGGUCUGUGGGAUGUCGACUCACGAAAACUCAAGUCACCUCCCUUUGAAGCGCAUAGCGGGGUCUAUUCCGUCGCCUUCUCUCCCGACGGGCGAUACGUUAUCUCCGGGUUGAAAGACGCCUCUAUCCGCAAGUGGGACACCACAAUCACGACCGAAUCAACGGAUGAUGAAGCACCACUGUGGGUUUGUCGCAAAGAUGGCUGGGUGACCGAUCAAAACUCGCGCUUACUAGUCUGGCUUCCACAUGAUUUGCGAGGGAGACUGUUUCUCGAUCCGCGCAACGUCCUGACUAUUCUUGACGGCCAAGUCAUCGUUCCCGAAACAUGCAACACCGAUGAAUUUUAUAUCGGCGACAAAUGGCAAGAAUGCUAUCUGGAGAAGGCGAUGUAA